GCUCUAUUAUAUCUUCCGCGUCUGUAAUUCCUGUCUCCUCUCUCCCUCCUGUCGAGCUCACCGCUGUUUGGUGAAAAUGGCUUUCGUCAAAGCACAAAAGUCAAAGGCGUACUUCAAGCGUUUCCAAGUUAAGUACAAGAGAAGAAGAGAGGGGAAGACUGAUUAUCGGGCAAGGAUUCGCAUGAUCAAUCAGGAUAAAAACAAGUACAACACUCCAAAGUUUCGCUUUGUUGUGCGAUUUACCAACAAGGAUAUAAUUUGCCAGAUUUUGUCUUCGAGCAUUGCUGGUGAUCAUGUCCUUGCUGCUGCAUAUGCACGUGAGCUGCCUCGUUAUGGCCUAGAAGUUGGGCUGACCAACUAUGCUGCAGCUUACUGCACUGGACUUCUUUUGAGCCGCCGCGUUCUGAAGACCCUUGAAUUGGAUGAGGAGUAUGAAGGAAAUGUGGAGGCAACAGGAGAGGAUUAUUCUGUUGAGCCUGCUGAAAGCAGAAGGCCUUUCCGUGCCCUUUUAGAUGUUGGUCUUAUCAAAACUACUACUGGAAACCGUGUUUUUGGUGCCCUCAAGGGAGCCCUGGAUGGUGGACUCGAUGUCCCACACAGUGAUAAGCGGUUUGCUGGAUUUAGCAAGGACAACAAGCAGCUUGAUGCUGAAGUGCACCGCAAGUACAUUUUUGGUGGCCAUGUUGCUUCCUACAUGAACACCCUGAUUGAAGACGAGCCUGAGAAGUAUCAGUCUCACUUUAGUAAGUACAUUAAGAGGGGUAUUGACACUGAUAACAUUGAAGAGGUGUACAAGAAGGUUCAUGCAGCAAUUCGUGCUGACCCUACGCCUAAGAAAUCUGAAAAGAAGCAGCCAACGGAGCACAAGAGGUACAACCUUAAGAAGCUAACUUAUGAGGAGAGGAAGAACAAGUUGAUUGAGAGGUUAAAUGCACUGAAUGCUGCUGCGGGUAAUGACGACGAUGAUGAUGAGGAGGAAGAUGAUGAGUGAACUGCUGUCACUGAUAGCCAGUAGUUUGUAAUAUCUCGUCAAAGUUUUACUUUGAUGCGGUAAUCUGUUGGAUGCUUCUAUUUUAGGGGUAUGACAAUUUAUUGUUGCUUUUCUAGACAAGAUUUUGCUACCCGAAUUGAUGCUCUCUUGUCUAGACUUUCAUCUAUCUUUUCUAGUCUUUUCUUUCCUCCUGAAUUGAUGAGCUUGUUUUUAAUCCUACUUGUACUUUUUUUAGGGUAUUUCUAGUUUUUCCGUUACCA